AUGAGUUUAGCGGACUUGGUGGACGAGGCGUUUAUACGAGAGCUUGUUGAACGAGGGUUUUCCUACAAGUCCAUUAGUGAAAGACUCCGAGUUCUCUUUCCUGGUAAGAGUUAUAUCUCUUUGCAUUACCUUUCUAUCUAAAUUUCUGGCUUGUAACGUUGAUGUUUUCUCCGGCAGAGUCACGCGGGCUUAGCGCGCGAAGCGUAAGACGAUUUUGUAAAGACAGAAAUAUAAAUGUAACGUCAUUGCGAUGGAUAUCAGACGAACACCUAGAAGAAAUGGUUUCGACGAACAUCUUGCAGGUGAAGUUGAAUUUUGUGAAUUGUAUCAGUAAACCAGUAAUAUAAAAAUUAAAGUGAUCACCAACUGUUAAUCCCAUCCAUGUAAGCCGGUGUAAAAUGUCACGUUCAAUUGCAUGCCUGGUUUUUGGCGGGAAAUAGUUAAUGAGACUCGUAUCGUAACCAGCUUUUUUUAGGGGUAGGAAAUCACAUGUCUGGUACCCUGCAAAAAGAGGCUGUAAUGUGUCCACCCCCUUCCCGGGCUAUCCCCCUGGGCAUUAGCAUCUCUCUUGAAUGGUAAAUUUCCGGGGUUAGGGACACUUAACCUGCGAAAUACUCUGUGAUGAGGAUGAAGGAAGAGUGCAAAUGCCCCAUCAUUUCAAUAUACAAACCUAUAAAACAUCUCAAUGAAGCAUACAUGUUGAAUGAGAAAUACAAUGAUUCAUGUCGAUUUUUCUUGAUCUCGCUAUAUAUGGUUAUGUUUCACACAUAAAGCAACAAAACUUUUGCAAUUUAAAUAUUUUGAUAUAUAAUGAUCAUUAGGGAUAACUGAAUAUGAUAUAAAUCAGUAAAUGCCACAAUUUGUUUUUCUUUCCAGUAUGGACAUACGUAUGGAAGGCGUAUGAUGCAGGGUACCCUACGAUAUCAAAUGCAAGAAAAUUUGCAGUGCCGUGAAAUCAGUCAAAGAAGAAUUUCAAAGAUGCUGAAGAAGGUUGCCCCUCGUGCUCACAGGGAAAGGGCACAUGACUUGCUGGACAGAACAAAUCCAGUUCCCUACCAUGCACCCUAUUUUGGAUAUAAGUUGCAUAUGGACCAAAAUGAAAAGAUAGCGCAGGAGUAUGGAGUCACCCAUGUCCAUGCUCUGGAUGGCUGUAGCAGGAUAGUUCUUGGUUUCAUUACAAUACCAAAAAAGAACCCGGUGCUCAUAUACCAAUAUCUAUUUAGGUAAGGACCCAAUCAAUUUUAUGCCUCAUAUGCUGGUUUCUAGAACACUUAAGAACGCAUACUGUGAAAUUCAGAAACCCAGAAAAGUAUUACAUACAGUCACAUUAUGCAAUCUGUUAUUGUGUUGCAAGGAGAAAGCCAAUCAGGUCUGAGAAAGGUAAACCAAUUUAAACACAAACAGCAAUGUUAGGUAGUUGUAAGUUUUGAGGACUACCCGAGGGUCCUGGUCUCCAAGGUGAUUGGUCUCUAGACAGUCAAUAUCUCUGAAAUAUUUCUGGUAUUCACAAUUUUCUAAGUUUGACACUCACUGAGCCUAUAAUAAAAUGACAAUUUCUCAUUUGCAUUAUUGUGUGCUUGCUGUUUUUUAAAAAAGAGAUAACCAAACUCUCUUUUGUGAGAUUUCCAAAAAAUCCCCAAAGCCAUUAAGUAGAUUUUCUUGCUGGGCAAGUUGCUUUUCAUGCUUACUUAACCAAUAGGCAAGUCCUCUUGUAACUUAAUGACAAAAAGUAAAAGUAUGCAACUAGCCUGGGCAAGCAAAAAUGAUUAAAGGUGCAGUCUAUCUUCCGAGUCCUAUAAUAUCAAGUAUUUAAUUAAUAUGAAUAUUUUUGCUUUUUAUAAAGUCCUCUUUCAUUGUUCCACAUUGUUCUAUUUUUUUCUGUUUACACAGGCCCUUACUACUUCAAUAUGGGUUAUUUGAUCAGUUACGUGUUGAUCAUGGAACAGAAUUUUGCCUUUGCAUCUUUGUACAGGAAUUACUUAAAAAUAGACGUGGUGAUACCAGCAGAGCCCCUUGGAGACAAACCACAUCUACUAAGAAUUACAGGGCAGAGAGGCUAUGGCCAGAGGAAAAUGCUCGAGUUAACUAUCCUCUUAAAAGGGCACUUAACUUCAUUAAAGAGCAGGAGAUAUUCAAUAUGGAAGACCCCCUUGUUAGUUUUGCAGUUUCUUGGGUAACUCUACAUGUCAGUAAAGUGGGUUCAGAGAACUUUGUCAACUCUUGGAACUAUCACCGAAUUCCAGGUGAGUUUUGGUGCUUU